CAUUCUCCGGCGCUCGCCUGGAAUUACCGCAGUCAUUUCAGUAAGCCUGCUCUCAUCCUGGGAAGCGGGGGAAGAAUUGACGUCCAGAAGAUCCUGCCUAUAGGAUCCGAGCUGUCAGCGGAGCCCUGCUUUUUCCUCAUUUUAAAUCCAGCUGGCAAGCGCAGGUGCUGAAAGAGGGAGAGAUUGGCAAUGCAGCGUGACAACAACUACCAAAAGUUCUUGCUUUUUGUAAUUCCCUUGUUUCAGACUUGGCUCUGCUCAGCAGACCUGGAGCUGAGAAUUUAGAAAGCCUCCACUGUGAAAAUGCCGCCCACUUACUGGUCUUUGAAUUUGAUAAAUGGCCUUCCAGAGCUGAGGAAUACCUGACAGAGAGACAAGUCAAUGAGGAAAAGGCAAGUUUCAGGAUUCAAACUAUGCUAAAAGAUGUUCUCCUUUCACCUUAUGGAAACAGUACAGUUGUGCAACCUGCAGCUGCUUUUUGGUUUGUUUAUUGUCAAGAUCUGUCACAAAGUGAUAUGACUUUUAGGCUCUUCUGACUGUUUAAAGACAGCAAGCAACAGCAAAAUUAAAGCCAGAAAUUUAUUUGAUCAUUUCCCAAGAAGAAAGCUGUCUUCUGAGAAAAGCAACAUAGGACAAUGGCAUCUGAAGAGUGCCUUCUGCUAGACCUAGAAACAGAUAACUUCAUUCUCUACAACUUCUCUGUCAACCAGAGUGCAAACUUCUCCCUCCUCGGUGAUGACUGGUUCUACCCAGCGUUCCUCUAUGCCAUCCCCACUAUCUACGGCAUCAUCAUUUUAAUAGGCCUUAUUGGCAAUAUCACUUUGAUUAAGAUCUUCUGUACUGUGAAGUCUAUGAGAAAUGUCCCUAACUUGUUCAUCUCCAGUCUGGCUCUGGGAGACCUGCUGCUGUUAGUGACUUGUGUGCCCGUGGAUGCCAGCAGGUACCUUGCUGAUGAGUGGCUGUUCGGCAGAACUGGAUGCAAACUUAUCCCCUUCAUACAGCUCACCUCUGUAGGGGUGUCAGUCUUUACUCUCACUGCUCUCUCAGCCGACAGGUAUAAAGCUAUAGUAAGACCAAUGGAGAUGCAAGCAUCCCAUGCGCUGAUGAAGAUUUGUGUGAGAGCUGCUAUAAUCUGGAUUGUAUCCAUGUUGCUUGCCAUCCCUGAAGCAGUGUUUUCAGAUCUGCACCCUUUCCAUGACAAAGGGACUAAUAAAACUUUCAUCAGCUGUGCUCCUUACCCACAUUCAGAUGGGCUGCAUCCCAAAAUUCACUCAAUGGCAUCAUUUCUCAUCUUUUAUAUCAUUCCUCUAUCUGUCAUUUCAGUAUAUUAUUAUUUCAUUGCUAAGAAUUUGAUCCGGAGUGCUUACAACAUCCCCGUGGAAGGAAACGUGCACGUGAGGAAACAGAUUGAAUCCCGUAAGCGUCUGGCCAGGACAGUACUGGUCUUUGUUUGCCUCUUUGCUUUCUGCUGGCUCCCCACUCACAUCAUCUAUUUAUACCGGUCCUACCACUACUCAGAGGUAGACACCUCAGUCCUGCAUUUCAUUGCCAGCAUCUGCGCUCGGAUCCUGGCAUUCACUAACUCUUGUGUCAACCCGUUUGCUCUCUAUUUGCUCAGCAAGAGCUUUCGGAAACAGUUCAACAACCAGCUGCUCUGCUGCAGAGCUCGCCUCCUCAUCCGGUCCCAGAGCAUGGCCAGGAGCACCACACGAAUGACCUCUCUCAAGAGCACCAACCAUUCCCUGGCUACCUUCAGCCUUAUCAAUGGCAACCACGUCUGCCACGAAGGCUAUGUCUAAAGGGCGCAGUCAGGGACGGCCGCAUCAUGUACUUAGCAUUGGCUGCUUGGUUUUGCCCUGUGGGGAUGGUGAGUAGCAGACACAUUCACGCAUGCACACACACAUGCACACAUGCAUACAAGGAAGUCUAAUGUGCGCAGACUUGAAGAGGAGCUUGAAGCAUCCAACAUUUCAUCCUGGGCUAAGGUUGAAACAUCCAACAUUUCACCUUGGACUGUGCCAUCACCAAAGCAGUAGACCACUGAACACCAGCCCACAAGAGUUCCCUGGGAAGUGCUGCGUUGCUUCAGGAUAUGCUGCUUCUAAUGAGAGCAAAGUGAGCAUCUUAAGAUCAAAUCUAAUUUGGCUCUGCAGGUUCUUCAUCACUUUCUGCUCAAUCCCAAACUCAGGCAGACUUACAGAAGCAGUGACAAAGACCAUACCAGGUGUACGAAUUUGUCAGAACAAUUGCAUCCAGAAGUUCACAGUAUAAUAUAUUUUGACACCAAAAUAAAUCCAUUUAAAUAAGGUAAAUACUUUUACAAAGGAGUUCAAUGUAGGUCAUUUACAGACUUUUCAAGUAUUUAUAAAUGUUCUGAAUACAGUAUUAAUUCAUAGUAUAAAAUAUAUCUAGAGUUUACUGGGGCAUGUCAGUGGCCUCAUCUGAAAUGAGCAGUAUCUUGCACAACAUCAAUGUGAAAGCAGUAACGUGAAUAAAUGUGAGUUGGAAUAUGUUUACAGUUUUCAAAUGUGUGAGCUUUUGCCAUGCUGUGCAGGGGACAGCAGGGCAUUUUCUAAGCGUUACUAUUUUGCUCUUCCUGUCUUCAAGGUGUGAUGUAGUGAAUGUCUCAUCACCUAAGGGGUACCACAAAAUUUUAGUUGGGUUUGGCUAAGGGCAGGCAAUUAAGAAAAUUAAGCACAGCUAUUUUUCAUGCAGUAGUGCUUUGUAAAACACUCUGGUUUUUCAGUAAAAGCUAUCAGCAAUGCAAGGUCUGAUCUCCAACCCACAGGUUUUUUCCUUCUAUUUUCCCACAGUUUCUUCCCUUCACAGAAAUCUGUGGAGACGUAGUGCCAGAACUGGCUAACAAAUUGGAGAAACAGGUCUUCUGUAUUUUUCACUCCAAAGCAGUUUCUGUGCCAGGUAACAGCUAUUCUGGAAACAGAAGCACCAUGUCCUAGAGAUAACAAACUCUCAAAGUGCAUGGACUACGGGACAGGCAGUGAAGCCGCACAUGUGAUAAAGCUGCUGCAAAAUGAGGCCAUAAACCAAUCACUGUAGCAUAAUAUUAAGUUUUUAAUGACCUUCAUCCUCUUUGAUGGUGAUCCUUUUCCUUUACAUGGCAAAAGAAAAAUGAAAACAGGUAAAACUUUGUGUUGGACUUGCUCUGUGAAUGUAGAAAAAGUCCUGUGUGCAGUGUAAAAACACUCAGCGCUGCACCUGUGGCUGCUCAGGGAUGCUGGUGGGAGCUGCUGUCUCCAGGGAUUGCAAAAGGGCUGCGAUGUCAAAAGCAGAGCUCUGAACACUUUCGCUGAUUUUGCCUUUGAGAGCAGCUUCCUCCAGGUGAGGCUCAACAUGCAGGUACGUGAGUUCAGGAUGUGGCCACACCACCCUGCUGAUGUGCUGCUAAGAGCAGUCCUGCCCUGUGACCCCUCUGUCCCUGGGCACCCCCACCUGUGUCACACCCUCCUGCAGUCAUGAGUGCCCCCACGCCCCAAUCAGCCUGAUAACUAAUAUGAUGGGUCAAUUUCUUUGCUUAGCUGACUGUGUAGCAGUCAGCUACACUAUACAUGGCAUUAAUUUCAAUUUACUGGCCUGUUUGAGGUCCUCAUUUACUAAAAUCUUCAGCAGGAUGCUGCUUUGCUUGACCUUUAACAUGAAGUCACGUACCAUACCAGAAGCCCAGUCUGUGACCAUUUCAGAGAAUUUGGUUGUGU